GCACAUAUUAGCCUCGCCUCGCCCCUUCUAUCCCUCCCUCUUCAUCACAACCAUUCUGCGGCGGCGCUUCAACCACAAAAUCCUCGCACUUUCAGGUUGCUGAAGAUGGGAGCUGGUGGCCGAACCUCUGUUCCUCCUUCGACCAGGAAAUCAGAGAAUGACACUGUGAAGCGGGUGCCAUUUGAAAAGCCUCCAUUUAGUCUCGGCCAGAUCAAGAAGGCCAUUCCACCUCACUGUUUUAAGCGUUCUGUUAUCCAUUCAUUCUCCUAUGUUGUUUAUGACCUCACCAUAGCCUUCUGUCUCUACUACAUUGCCACUCAUUACUUCCAGAACCUUCCUCACUCGCUCUCUUUCUUGGCCUGGCCUGCCUAUUGGGCUGUCCAAGGUUGCGUUCUUACCGGAGUUUGGGUUGUUGCGCAUGAGUGUGGCCACCACGCAUUCAGUGACUACCAAUGGCUUGAUGAUACAGUUGGCCUUGUUCUUCACUCUGCCCUUUUAGUCCCUUACUUUUCAUGGAAAUAUAGCCAUCGUCGCCACCAUUCCAACACUGGUUCUCUUGAGAAGGAUGAAGUAUUUGUGCCUAAACAAAAGUCCAGUAUCUAUUGGUACUCCAAAUACCUUAGCAACAACCCACUAGGAAGAAUCCUCACUAUUACUAUCACACUCACUCUUGGCUGGCCGCUUUACUUGGCUCUCAAUGUUUCAGGCAGGCCUUAUAAAGGGUUUGCUUGCCACUUUAACCCACAUGGUCCCAUUUACUCAGAUCGUGAACGCCUUCAAAUAUAUGUAUCAGAUGCGGCAAUACUUGCAGUAUGCUUUGGGCUUUAUCAUGUUGCAUUGGCCAAAGGUCUUGCCUGGGUUGUGUGUGUUUACGGAGUUCCACUGCUCGUAGUCAAUGGAUUCUUGGUGUUGAUCACAUUUUUGCAGCAUACUCACCCUGCGUUGCCACAUUACGAUUCCUCGGAGUGGGACUGGUUGAGAGGAGCUUUAGCAACUGUGGACAGGGAUUACGGAAUCCUGAACAAGGUCUUCCACAAUAUUACAGACACUCAUGUGGCACAUCACUUGUUCUCCACAAUGCCACAUUAUCAUGCAAUGGAGGCUACCAAGGCAAUAAAACCAAUUUUGGGAGAAUAUUAUCGGUUGGACGAAACACCGUUUUACAAGGCAUUAUGGAGGGAAGCAAGAGAGUGUAUCUAUGUUGAGCCAGAUCAAGGUACCGAGGGAAAAGGUGUAUUCUGGUACAACAAUAAGUGGUGAUUUUUAGAGCUGCUAAAGCUUGUUGUCUAUCAGGUGAAAAUGUUUGAACUUCUCUAAUUAGAAUGUUAGCACUUGGAGAAUAAUUUUGUUGAAUCCUGAUAUUUGUAGUAGUAAGCAGUCCUAAGGUAGUUUGCUUGAAUUCUGAAUAAGAUAUAGCAUUUCUAAACAGUACUAUUGAAUUUAUUGCACCAUGAUUUGAAAUCAGUGCAUUAUCUAUCUGUUAAGAAACUUAUUGUUAUUCUUGUUCUUGAUUUGUCUGUAAGAAUUAUGAAUUCGCAUAUUCUGUGUUAGACUAAGAAUUGUGAAUUUGUCUGUAACUUUAUGUGGUCAAGUCUGUUUAAUAAAAAAACAAGAUGUGUAAUGUAACACCAGAAUGAUUCAUUCCAAAUUUGGGUGGAGGAGGAUGCAGAUCAUUAAGAAUAUUAGUGUUAUAAAUCUGCUUUCCGAACAAUGAGGGGCAUGUAAAAUAAAUGAAUCAUGUAAUUUAUGCUUUUACCUUGUUUUAA